GGUUUGACCUAUUUUUUAUUGUAGUCUGCGCAUACUCAUGAGAUUUCUUCUUCCGGUUUAGUGUUUCCGGGCUCAAAGAUGCAGAAGGAAGAAAAACAAUUGGAAUUUGCACUCGAUGCACUUAUACAAAGAGUUCAGGACUUGAAAAACUCCUUGACUGCUUUUCUUUCGAAGUUGGAAAAUGAGUACCAAACAAUGAGCUGGCCUUCAGUGCUGGAUAAUUUUGCCCUGUUGUCAGGACAGCUGAACUCGCUUGGAAAGCUCCUGAAGAGUGAAAAGGUGCCAGUGUUGAGAAACCAGAUCCUGUUACCCUUGGCUCUCUCUCCUGAAAGAGACCAAGAGCUGGAGAAACUUACCGAGAGAAGAGUAUUUGCAUUUAAUCAUGAAGUUGUACCUGACUACUUGAGAACAAAGCCGGAACCUGAUGUAGAAAAAAAGAUUCAGGAAUCAACAUCCAAAGCCACCAACAACACACCUGAUAUAGCACAAAAACAACUAAAUGCUAUGAACAAAGUGACAAGCAAUAUCUUGGACAUCAUUAACUCCCAUCGAGAUGACAUGGAGAGUGAUGCCAACCAGAAGUCUAGCUUGGCUCAGACCUCUUCUAUGUCAGAUACCAAUGCCCUCAUAGCAGUAACUAUGUUUGGAAAGGGCCUAAAGUCAUUACGACGAGAUUCUAGCCAAUCACAACCCAGUAUACAACAGCAAACACAGCAACCAAAAGCUCAAGUGAGUGCGGGAAAAGCUCCAAGUGCAAUUAAAACCAAUAUUAAGGCAGCUUCUAGUUCAAAUCCAUACCAGAGACCUUGACCAGUACAGGUGCCAACUACAUGUAUUAAACAAAAUCAGACAUCUGGUUCAACACAAGAAGCUGGAGUUACUAUAAUGCUACAAGUGAGGUUUGACAAGGAAGGGUCAAUUCACGUUUCCACUCAUCACAUUGAGUUAUUGACCUAGGAAUGAUUAGCUUGUUUGAGAAACAGCUAUCUCAAUUCUUAAACAUUGAAUUUGGAGAAGAAUAUUUUUAACAUGGUAAACUUUCAAGCUCGAUGUACAUCUCUGCCUGUGUCCUCAGUGGAGCAUUUAAAAACUUUUCCUUUACACUGUGUGGAGAUUCGGAUAUAUUGGCAACUUUCAGAGAAUGAUUGUCACCAUAGUGCAAGUGUGAACUACUGCCUAUUGAUUUGGCAGUGAAGAAUCUUAUGUUUGGUAGACUUUUAUUCCAGUAAGCCAGGAUUCCAAGGUAUUGAGAAAGUAAUGACCAAAUUACUCUGAAAGAAUUACUCUGAAAGAGACCAAGGAAAUACUGCAUUUCUUCAGUUGAGUGAUCCCUAACAGGGAAAACAAUGACUCUAUCACAUGUUUAACGUGAUUAUUGAUAUGGUGUCAUGAAUUCAUCACUUGAUCUGGAUUGAAUCAUUUUGAAGUGGUAGCUGAAACAGUUAUUUAGUGAAAAGGUUGAUAUCAAUAGGUUUAUGAUGAAGUGCUGUUGUUCAGAACUGUUGAUUGAUGUAAUCUGUUGUGAGAAUACAUUUGUUAGAGCUAAAUUUCAGUUACAAACUAGAAACAAUUGCAAACAAAUAUGUCAUAUAGUAGUAGACUCAUGUACCUUAAAAUUGAACAAAUUUAUUUGAAAUAAAAAUUAAUAAGUCUA